GCCCUGCCCUGCCCAUUGGGACGCUGGUGGCGCCAUCUUACCCAGCCAUGGGAGGGUCACAGGUCAGAGCUGGAGCCUCCCGUGCCUCCCGCUAGGGAGGGAGCUGGGUGAUCGGGACGGCUUCCUGCUCGGAGGAAAAAUAAGUCCCCGAACCUGUGAUGUGUCAGGGGCACUGGACCGUCGGGGAGAGGGUGGAGUUGCUUUCCCAGGGCUGCCAGGAGGGGCUCGGUGCGGUUCGGGAGUGACGGGCCGGGCGUGUGGGGCGGCGUUGCUUCCCGGGACGGCCUUCGGGGUGUCCCCGUCCAUUCAGUCCUUUCUGCUCGUUCUAGGUGGCCCUUCCCCGGCCCGGCCCCUGACUCCCCGAGAGGACAAUGGAUUCUGGAGCUCGCCCGGUCGCCAGCUGCUCCAGCAACCCUGCGGGGCUGUCACGGGAGUACAAGCUAGUGAUGCUGGGCGCUGGUGGUGUGGGGAAGAGUGCCAUGACCAUGCAGUUCAUCAGCCACCGAUUCCCAGAGGAUCAUGAUCCCACCAUUGAAGAUGCUUAUAAAAUCCGGAUCCGCAUUGACGAUGAGCCUGCCAAUCUGGACAUUUUGGAUACAGCUGGACAGGCCGAGUUUACAGCCAUGCGAGAUCAGUAUAUGAGGGCAGGAGAAGGGUUUAUCAUCUGUUAUUCUAUCACUGAUCGCCGAAGUUUCCAUGAAGUUCGGGAAUUUAAACAGCUUAUUUAUCGAGUUCGACGUACUGAUGAUACACCUGUGGUUCUUGUAGGAAACAAAUCUGAUCUAAAACAGCUAAGACAGGUUACCAAGGAAGAAGGACUGGCUCUGGCCCGAGAAUUCAGUUGCCCGUUUUUUGAGACAUCUGCUGCAUACCGCUACUACAUUGAUGAUGUUUUCCAUGCCCUUGUACGGGAGAUACGUAGGAAAGAAAAAGAAGGGGUACUAGCUAUGGAGAAAAAAUCUAAACCCAAAAGCAGUGUAUGGAAGAGGUUGAAAUCACCAUUCCGGAAGAAGAAAGAUUCAGUCACUUGAAGGGAAGAUGUUCAGUGUGUAUCUGUGAACUGCAGUGUUUAAUCUCCGCAGUCCAAUAGCCUGCAAUCGUGAGCACAGUGUUUGCUCUUUCUCCUGUUAUGACUGUUGUUUUUAAACGCAACCGAGGUGGGAAAUGUGUGUCUACUAGGAAUUUUCCAUGACUGAUAUUUAAAGUAUUGUCUCUUAGUUGAUUCUGAUUUAUUAACCCAGUGGAGUACUGUCUGCUUGUAAGUUGUCACAUUUAAAUUUGAUAUAUCACUGUUUUGGGUUAUGUUGCUGAUAUUAAUUAACUUGUAUAAAUUGUUUAUACCCAAGA